UUAACUUUAUUUUCAGAAUCAAUAUCAAUAGCUAAUAUAAGAUGUCUUUUUUAAAUAAAGAAUUAAUCAACCAAUCAUCUGCUUUACAUCCAAGACCAGAUUUUCUGUUUACAUAUGGCACUGCUGGGUUUAGAGAAAAAGGAGACCUAUUGGAUUCCGUUGUUUUUCGAGUUGGAAUGUUAGCUGUACUUCGCUCUAAACAUAAAAAUGGACAAGCUAUUGGUGUCAUGGUUACAGCUUCUCAUAAUCCUGUGCAGGAUAAUGGAAUCAAAUUGGUUGAUCCGUUUGGUGAAAUGUUAGAGCAAUCUUGGGAGGGUUUUGCUACAGAGUUGGCAAGAGCAAAAGACAAUGAAGUAGCAGUUGUUUUAUCUAAUAUUAUUGAAGUGAAUAAAAUCAACUUGUCAGUUGUUGGAAAAGUUGUUGUUGCCCGAGACACAAGACCCAGCAGUCUUCCUCUUGUAAACUCUGUUAAGGAAGGUGUGAAAGUUCUUGAUGGGCAUUGUGACGACUUUGGUUUGCUGACCACUCCUCAGUUACAUUAUAUAGUUUGCUGCAUCAAUACUGAUGGAUCUUAUGGAGAACCAACUGAGGAAGGAUAUUAUAAAAAGUUUUCUACAGCGUUCCUAAAUUUAAGAAAAAUGAUUUGUAAAGAGUCUGAACCUACUACAAUUAUGGUUGAUGGUGCUAAUGGCGUGGGUGCACCAAAGAUUUUAGAAAUGAUGAAGUAUUUAGAUGGUACUCUUCAAAUACAACUAUACAAUGAUAAAACAGAUGAUGUUCUUGCUCUUAAUAAAGAUUGUGGUGCUGACUAUGUAAAAACUCACCAAAAUGCACCUAAAGGAAUGAAUCUGAUUGUGGGAAAUCGUUAUCUUUCUUUUGACGGAGAUGCAGAUCGAAUUGUUUAUUACUAUGUUAAUGCAGAUAAAAAGUUUUGCUUGCUUGAUGGUGAUAAAAUAGCAACACUGAUUGCUGCAUUUAUAAAGGAUAAGCUAAAUAUUGCUGGUGUUGAACUAACAAAUGGUUUAGGUGUUGUUCAAACAGCUUAUGCAAAUGGAAGCUCUACUGAAUAUUUAACUAAAAAACUAAAUGUUCCUGUUGGAAUAGCAAAAACUGGUGUAAAACAUCUACACCACAAAGCUCAAGAGUUUGACAUUGGUAUUUACUUUGAGGCUAAUGGUCAUGGAACUGUAAUAUUUAGUGCUGAUGCAAGAGAGAAAAUUCGAAAUCCCAAUAAUGGCCUCAGUGAUAAACAGAAAGAAGCAGUAAAUAAAUUAAAUGCAUUUAUGGAACUUACUAAUCAGACUGUUGGUGAUGCUAUUUCAGACAUGCUUUUGGUUGAAUCAAUUUUACAUGAAAAGCAGUGGAGUUGUAUCGAAUGGGACAACGAGUAUCAAGACUUACCAAACAAGCUGGGAAAAGUGCUGGUAAAAGAUCGCCGCAUAUUAACUGUAAACCAUGACGAAACUCGUUUAAUUGAGCCAAAAGAACUUCAGCAAAAGAUUGAUGAAAUUGUUAAAUGUUGGCCUAACUGCCGUUCAUUUGUUAGGCCUUCAGGAACUGAAGAUGUUGUUCGAGUUUAUGUCGAAGCUCAUACUUUGAAUAUUACUGAGAGAGUUUGUGGCUUAGUCUGUCAAGCUGUUUAUGACAUGUGUGAAGGUGUUGGAGAGCGUGCCGUGCUUCCUCCACUUCUUUAUUAGUUACGCUGUGAUUUAUUUGUGAAUAUUUACUUUAUUUUUA